UGGUAUGCUUUAUUCAAAGACCCUAUAUUCAUCAAGAACCACUUGGGCAAAGCAGCAACGCAGAUGAUCUUAAAGAAUGAUGACUUAGUUUAUUCAUUCAGCUUCAGUUUCCACCGAAUCCAUAAUGGAUAUGAUCAAGUUAUUGAGUUGACCAAUAAACUUAGGAGUAAAGAAUUCAGAAGAUGUCAAGAUAUCUACAAUCUCUCACUGUAAAGGUUUAUUGUUAUGCAUGACCGAAGACAAUAGACUCGUGGUUUGGAACCCUUGUACUGGUCAAACAUGGUGGAUCCAGUCGAAACCAUCUAGUAUCAGUUAUGCAGAGCCCUUUCGAUAUUAUUUAGGAUAUGAAAAUCUUGAGCUGUAGCCAUUAUUAUCGCAAGAUUCCUGGUGGCAAUUUCAGUAUCAGACAAGGUGCCUUUGAAAUAUAUGAGUUCAACUCUGAUUCAUGGAGGGUUACUGAUGCUAUUAGUGGUGACUGGUUUUUUCUCUGGGACGUUGCCAUGUCUUUAAAGAUAGUUACUGGUUAGAUACAGAGUAUGAAGACCCUGCGAAUAAUUCUAUACGCAGAUUUGAUUUCACAGCGGAGAAAUUUGUACGUCAAUCUCUUCCAUGUCAUGGUUAUGAGCAUAACGAGUAUGUAGUUCAAUUAAAAAAAUCUAAAGAAAAAAAUAACUAGGAGUUAUCUACUCGGUCAAGCAAUGAUUUGUCAGGUAGUCAGAUUCCAGAUUUUAACGACUUUUACAAGUUUUAUCAGGUUUUUAUAUAAUUUUUUUUUAAACCCAAACCGGAUUACAUAUAGGUCACCCGAUUACAUAUAGGUCUUGCCAUCAUCUAGAAUUUGAUUUCCAAACCCGCACGGAUAUUUAUUUAUUUAUUUAGUUUGUUUUUGUUUAUACUAAAUGAUUCAUUUGUAAUCUUCAUAUUUUUUUUUAUUUUUUUUCAAUAAAAAAAUGAAGAAAAUAGAGAACUUGUAUCAUGGAUUAACGAUUUUUUUGAGUAAAAUUUAAUCGUAAUACUUAACGAUUUUUACAAAUUUUAUCUGGUUAUUAUAUAAUAAAUUGAGAUUUCUAAAAAUGAAUGUAUAAAUUAAAUUUAAAAUAAUUAUAAAUUAAUUAUGGGCUUAAGUUUGUAUAAAUAUACAUAAUAAUUUGGGUCAUCUUAAAUUAGUUGAGGCCCAAACUUUUAACUAAUUAUUUAAUUAUUCUAUGAAAAAUUUAACAGUAGAAAAAUAAUUUGAGAUAGAAAAUCUCUACAAACAUAUAUUUAAACACUAAUUAUUUAAUUAAUUAUUUUGAAUUGGUUGUUAUUAGAUAUGGAAACCGAUUGUAUUGUUACCAAAGUUGGUUGAAAGAAUAAUUCAAAAUAGAAAAUUCCUAUAAAUAUGCAUUUGCACUUGCAUUUACUUACAUGAUUCAAAAUAGAAAUUCUUACAAAUAUGCAUUUAUUCUCGUUUUUUAAAUUAAAAUUAGAUUUAGGAUAUGCAUUAAUUAAACUGUAAAAGAUAAGAAUUUUAAAAAGCAAGUAAAUAUAUUACUUUAGUGGCAUAUGAUUGUAAAUAAAUUGAAAACUAAGAGGUAAUUUAUAUGGAUACUUCUCUUUUAAUAAUAAGAUGUAGUUCCGGCGGAGAACUCAUGAGAGCUAAGACAGUUUAUAUUUGUGAAACGCCACGCAUAAACACACCAAUGUUAUGUGUUUAUCUGUAAAUCAUAUUAUCAAACACAAAGAUUGUGUGUUUAUAAACAAAAAUAAGUAGACAAGAUAUUAUAACUGAAUGCUUGUCCUUCACGUUUGUUUUUUUUUUGGUAAAAUAUUAAAUUUUAUACCAACUUUUAAUUUUUGACAAAAAUACAGAGACACAACAAAGAAAUUAGAAGAACCAAAAUCUACAAAAAAAAUGAACAAACACUACGACCACAACCAGUAAAAUCACCUUAGAACGAGAUGCCACUGAAAUCUCUAUACCUCGACUAAAGAGUAGAAAACUCCAACCACAUCAGUCCAGCCACAACGAAGACACGUCGCAGCUUUGCUGGAAAAGUACGAAGCUUCAACCACAUCAAACCCGCCACAAUAAGAUUCACCGCAGCCUCGCUGGAAAAGUACGAAUUGCUACAACCACAUCAGUUCCGCCACAACGACAAACGCUGCAGCUUUGCUGGAAAAGUAUGAAGCCACAACCACAUCAGACCCGCCACAACAAAAAUCAUCGCAGCCUCGUCGGAAAGUACGAUGCUACAACCACAUCAGUCCCGCCACAAUGAAGAAACACCACAGCUUUGCUGGAAAAGUACGGAGAUACACUACUACCACCAAUCGGAGAGAAGAGCCUUCCAACAUCUCAAACCAAAGAAGUCCAUUAGCUGUACCGAGCUCUUUAUUUGGAAAGGAGAUAGCCAGAGCGACUGCCACACCCACUGGACCUGCAGAAAAAGAAGACAGAAACAAUACCAAACACCGAUAGAAUGUAGACCUCCGCCAUCGUUUGCAAGUUAAUCGAAGCUGUUUUACAGAUGUGGGUGGAACCCUAGAAAGUAUUUCUGAUUCCAAUUCCCAUGGGAGAUUGGGAGUCACCAUUCAAGGUAUCUAAAAUCUUUCACUGUAAAGGUUUAUUGUUAUGCACGACCAAAGACAAUAGACGUGUUCUUUGGAACCCUUGUACUGGUCAAACUAGAAGUAUCCAGUCAGAAACAUCUUGAGCUACAAUUAUUUAGGAUACGAAAACAAGAAAAAGUCAGGGUAUAACUACAAAAUCUUGAGCUGCAGCUAUUAUUAUGGCGGCAGUAGCAGAGUUGGUAAAUAUGAAAUAUAUGAGUUUAACUCUGAUUCAUGGAGGGUUCUUGAUGCUAUUAGUGAUGAUUGGUUAUAUCUUUGGCCCGACGUUGCCAUGUCUUUAAAGGGAGAUACCUACUGGCUAGAUUCAGAGACUAAUGAAAACCCUAGCAUACUCAGAUUUGAUUUCAUAACAGAGAAAUUUGAACGUCUACCUCUUCCUUCUAAUAGUGAUGAGCAUAAUAGGCUUGUAAUUCUAUCGACUGUCAGAGAUGAGAAACUUGCGUUGUUAUGCCAGUACUCAGAUAGUACUGGUUCAUUAAAGAUGAAGAUAUGGUUGACCAAUUCUAAGACUGAUGAGGCCAAAGAUUUGUCGUGGAGUGAAUUCUUAGUAUGUAAGGUUGUGAUAUAUGAUAUGACAAGGAUGAAGAGUUUCUUGGUGGACGAGGAGAAUAAAAAAGUCUUGUGUUGUUAUAAAGACCAUGAAUAUAGGACCAGAAUUUACAUUGUUGGAGAGGAUACGUAUAAAAAUGUCUAUAGAGAGGUUCUACAGGAGCAACGAUCACGUGUUGCUCCACGUCUCUUCAGUUAUGUUCCGACUUUGGUUCAAAUUCCGACAAGUCAGAGUAAUCCUUGCUGCAAAAGAAAAAGAUGAUUGGCUUAUUAAGUCAAUAAUCAAACUGUUUUUUUUUUUAAUAUUUAGUUAUUAAACAGAGUAGCUGGCUUUUCUUUGUUCUUCUUGAACUCUUUUUACCUUUGGAAGAAGAUUUUGUUGAUCUUACUCAAUUACACUAUUCUUUAUGACGAUCCUGGCGAAUUUUGCAUAAUUAUGUGUAAAUACCAAAAAUGAAGGAAGAAAAGAAAAGAGUAGGAAGCUAACUAAGAAGGUUGGUGAAAAUAUCAUCACAUUGGAAUGACUUUAAUUGCUGUAACCAUUUAUGUACACCGAUACACAUAGCAGAUCUCAACUACUUCUAAAGCUGUAGAGUGUGAAGUUACGUAUGUUCCAGUUCGUUUUUUGAGAGUAUAAAGUGUAUAUUAGGAGAAGAUGUUGAUGACGAUUUCUUACUAAGUUAUCAGAGCUUUGAUACAUUGAAAGUAUUACAUGCUUUAUUAAUAGCAUCUGAAGUACGUAACACAUCCUGAAACAGUAUUAUCACCACUUCUUGGAGUACAUACUAAUAGUUUCCCAUCUACCUUAAAUUUGUCAC